UGUUCUUCGUCAAAAUUGAGAUUGCCUCAAUUGUCCUACAUAUGCUGUCAUAUACCCUAAAAUAGCAUAGAUACAAAGAUGAGUCCUCUAUCUAUCUCUAUGCAGUUGCCUUACUUUAGCUUCGGCUUGGUUGCAAAUUUGACAUUUUAUCUUCUGUUUGAAACAAUAAGGCACUGGUCGCAAUGGAGUCUUUUGUUAAGUUCACAAAUCAAAGUCAAGGAAGGGAUCGUAUUUUCAGGACAACCCAAUAUGCAUGUGCCUUGGUGAAGUAUUUGCUUCGCAAUAAUUCUGCAAGGAAAGAGCUUGUUGUCMAGCUGCAGAGUCUGGAGUCCAACAUGAGUUCUGGAAGGAAAUUGUUCAGACUGGGGAACACUGUGAAUUCCAUUGACGCUGCCAAGCGAACCUUGCAGCUCUCUGACCCUGUGUUGCGCCUCUGCCUUACUGUGGCGAACCUCAACCGCGCCCUUUACUUUAUCUGCGACAAUGUGCUCUGGGCCAGAAAUGUUGGCCUUGUCCCUGGUAUCGACAAGGAGCGCUGGAGCUUGAAUGGCUCUUGUUGCUACUUCCUGUCCCUGGUUAUGAGUCUGACCAGAGAUGUUUAUGUAAUCACCCAGACUAUGGUUCAGAGAACCAGAGAUAGGCAGUUUCAGCAGAAAAUGGAUCAGCACCUCAACGACAACCCUGAUGUGGCUACUGUUAUUGUUCCUCAACUGGAUGCUUUUCUGUUCCUGCUCUUCGAGAGUCUUAAAAGCCAUCCCUCGGUUGCCCUUGACACACUGAAAAACAUUUGUGAUAUUUUCAUUCCACUGGACAGGCUGGGUGUGUACCGGUCAAACCCAGGAGUGGUGGGCUUUUGUGGGCUGAUUUCAUCUCUCUUAGGGAUAGUGUCAGUCUUGCACCCCAGUUUGAAAAUCCAACCGUAACCUAGAGUUGAAGGAAAAUGAAAGGAGCUAGAAUUAAGAGAAGCCAUACACAGUACUGGCAUCUGCCCAUUGUACUAAGGUUUAUAGUCAUUUUUCAGGGGUACUAUCCUACUUUGAAUGUCACUUCAGGGGAAGUUGCAUGCUAGCAGAAGUUCACUGAUGACAGCAACCCCUUCAGAUAGAAAUUAGGAGCUUAAAGGGCAAACACUUAUGAGUAGCCAAUGUGUAUGAUUACUGUUAGGACAAGCAACAGCUCAUAGGUGGAUCCAUAUGUACCUUUUUAUAAUAUAUUAAUUUUGAAAAUGUCUAAAGGGAACUUUGCAGUAGUUUAGGAACCACAAAGACAGACGAGGCUGGACAGGGAUCUUAGUCAACUUUGUUUGCUAGUGUUUAAUUGAGCCCGAGGAGGUUUGUGAUAUAUGGCCAAUAUACCACGGCUAAGGGCUGUUCUUAAUCACGACGCAACAUGGAG